UGUGGCAACACCGCCACACUGUCAAAUUCCAGUAAUUAUUCUCUGCUGUUGUUGAAUUGCAAACCGUUCUCCUGCAUUUGCAUAUAUACCUAGCAUAUAUUUGCCCGAUCCGAGAGCUGGCGGUGAUCUGUUGUAAAAGCAUUGGUAUUUCCCGCUUUCUGUGCAGUGUGAAAACGUGUCCGGAAAAGCUAAAGGCCAGCGUCAGCGAGUGCGAGCGAGAGAGCAGGUGACAGCGACACCGACAAGAUUUCCCCCUCCUCUUCUCCCAUUUUUGACUGUUUUUUUGCACGGCACGGGGAAAACCGAAAGAAAAAGUAAGAUUUUCGAGAGAUUUUGCGCCGCAGUCCAGCCGGAAAAUGCUAAUAAACCUUAAGGUGAAGACCUUAGAUGCGCGCACCCACGAAUUCAGCAUCGACAAUGAGCUCACGAUCCGCCAGUUCAAGGACCAAAUAGCCGAGAAGACCAACAUUGCGGCGGAGAACCAGCGUAUCAUCUACCAGGGUCGUGUGCUGGCCGAUGAAAAGCAGGUGAAGGAGUACGAUGUCGAUGGCAAGGUGCUGCAUGUGGCCGAACGUCCGCCAUUCUCGCAACGUGGUGCCAACUCCCGGAACAACGAUGAACCCAUGCGCACCUUCCGGAAUGUGGCACGUCCUCCGCCGCCCGGAAUGCGCACUUCCCCGUACUUCCGCGCACUUGAUGGCAUGCUGGUGGGCACUAUGGCCAUACCCGUGAACAACGGCCCGGUGGCUGGCACCCGCACUCCACCGAAUCGUUACCCCAACUCCUCGUCCUUCUGCAUCAACCGCAUAACCGUGGCCCUGCACAUGAUCGAUUGCGCCGACAACAUAGCUGCAUAUCUGGAGAAUCCCGCCGUGGGUCUAAACAAUCAAUCUCUAGACAUACUGCAGCGUGGUCGCUGGUCCAUGGAGUCCACCGUCGUCGAAGUGGGUGUCUCCUCGACCGACCUGCCGCGCAACAAUAAUAUCAUUGACAUGGUCCAGGAUGCCGUGACUGCUGCUCUUUCGCGAACCGGAGCCCGCAACUAUACGGUGGUGCAACUGCCCACGGUUUAUACAAAUGAGAAUGGGGAGACCAGCGAGCAGCGAGCUGGAGAAGCUGCAGGCAGCGAAGAAGCAGCCACCGGAGCAGCAAGCGAUGCCAGUGGUGAGACCACUGCAGCCACUGUGAUCAUUGAGGAUGUGAUCGAAACAGACGACGAGGCCGCCGAUGGAGCCUCAGAUCGUUCAGCCACGCCUACACCAGAGGCGGAGGCGGAAGGAGCAGUUGGCGGACAGCCGGCGGCUGCUGCUGAGAUUCCGAGCUCCUCGAAUGGGGCGGCAAAUGAUGCUGGCGUGGACGGGGGAAACAACUCAGGACCCAGAAGGCGCACCCGCCCUCAGGUCUUGGCCCAAGUAAUACAGCACUAUCGUGGAGUACAAACGCGUUUGGCUCCUUUCGUGGAUCGCUACUAUGAGAUCCUGCAGAACGAUCCAACCUUCGAGGAGAGUGACACUGCUGGACGUGAGAAUGCCCAGCGCAUUUUUGACCGCGUAUCGGAGGCUUUUCACUACCUCUCGCAUGCUCAGCAUGCCAUUUCUGAUUUGAUGCUGGACUUGUCACAGCCAGGACCGCGUGUGCUCACCUGCCGACCCAUUCUCGUCGAGCAGAGCGGCUACAUACGCUCCAACAACAUUUUCACGCCCAACUUUUUGGCAAUGCCGCCGGCUGUUCUCAACGAGCCUUUCCGUGCUAGAGGGCCCGCUGCUGCGACUGGCACUCAGACGCCCACCUCGGCAGGCACACCAACUGCUGUGCAGGCGGCCACCGACGCUAGCCGAAGUGCGGCGGCCAUGGCGGAGAUCGCCAGUCGGGCUGCUGGAGCCGCUGCAGAGAUGGCCGCCGGAGCUGCCAGUGCAGCAGCCGCAGCUGCUCGUGGACUGGCGGGCGAUCACGUGGAGGAUCCCGUCGACGAACCCAUGGUGGCGCCGAAUGCAGCUGGCGCCGCUCAAGCUCAGCAGCAACAACCACUCGAAAUGGACCAAGAUCAAAUUCAAAAUGAAAAUCCCGAAAGAGAGCCUCGAGCAGCGCCUAGGCUGCGGGUCUACGUGCCAAUGAUCCUGCCACCGCCCAAUCCCCAACAGGAGAUGGCUCGUGUAAUUCAGGCAUUGGUCAACAGGGCCGCCAACGAAGCAAACGAUCUUCAUGAUCACAUAAUGGGGAUUAAUUUGCCUGUGCAUGUGAUGACCGCAGCAGUACGUCAAGCACCUGCCCCUGGGGCUGCGGAAGGCUCUGCACCUUCCGCUCCUGCCGCUGAAGAAUCCGCUGAAAGUGCUCCUGCCGCUGGCAGUGGCGAAUCGCCGACGGCAGCUUCAACUUCGACCGGAACCCGCAGUGGAGAUCAGAGGGCCAACACCUUGCCCACUACGGCCACCCAAACGCGGUCCACAUCAAGACCACAGAUUCAAAUUGGCGGAAAUAACAAUUGGGGAGGGCGUAUUGCUCCGACUCACACUGCUUUUGAUCGCUUCCUGCCUUGCAAUAGUCAUCACAUUCGGGAGCCAGAGCCGCUGCCCCACAACAACAACAUCAGCGGUGCAAACAACAGCCGCGGCACCACCACAGCGCCAGCAGGAGGAGCCACCAUCGUCUCGCCCACAGCGGCUAUAGGAGUACUUACUCCUGUCUCCCCUGGCACCCCGCGAUUCCAGCGCGGCAGUACCACCAUCACCCCAAUGUCAGUGUGGUCGCCGCGUCGCCAGCGUCCCGCCAGCGAGCAACUAAACAGUCUUCGGCCGGCAGCCUGGGCGCUGGCACAGACAGGGAGAGUUCGGCCCACGGGAGGAUCGCCCAACAGUCGCGCUCGGCUGGCGGCUCGAGGGGCCCUCGUUGGUGGGGGCAGCACUAACAGAGGCCUUCCCUUCGCCCGGCGGUCGCGACGCCAGACCGCCACCGGGCGCCUGGCCAGACAAUUCCCCCCAUUCAAUAACUUUUUGCUUAAUAAUCUGAGAAAUAAUGCGCAAACAGCUCCGGCAGGCAGCGCCGUCCCCGCCGCGGGAAGUUCAUCAGCCCCAUCUCCAGGAGAAUCUGUCACAGUUGCUUCGGCCACCUCAGCUGCUCCACCACAAGCGGUUCCAAGCAAUCCAGCUCCCGGCGGCAAUUCGAGCAACCUUCGUUCGCAGCUGCGCAGCUUCCUCAACGACAGCCUUUUUGCCGGAGUGCCCAUCAACGAACAGACGAUCCCAGCGGCCAUUGGUCGUGCCCUGGAGUGGUUCGGCGAGAGCCUGGUCUAUCUGCCGCAGUACGAGCGACCGGAGUACAACUCUCGCGACUCGGUUUGCAACAUCCUGCGCGUUAGCCUCCGCCUGAUCAUCGAGCUGUGCAGUGCGGCUCCCGGUGGAACGGACAGUGCCCAGUUCGAGCAGACCCUUAAACAGAUCUGCGAUCAGUUCCGCAAGCGCCUCUACAGCGUCCUCUUCCUGUGCCUGGGCAGCGCCAACGCGGAGCUCUACUGGCGCCAGCUGAUGCGCUUAUUAUGCGCACCCAUGCGAUCCAAUUUCCACAACGAAGCCUUGCAGUUCUUGUGCAUCUACAUAGACCCCACGAUUCCCGCACAGACUGACACCGUCGAUGCCCAACAGUUCCUAGUCCUGCGCAGCGUCCAAGCAGUCCCUCCCACAGCUGCCGAAGAACCAUUCGUUUCGCCACCGUCGCUUUUUAAUCCACAGCAGCAACAGCCGCAGCCGCAAACUCUGGACACGGAUGUGGAGAUGGCUGAAGUGGCUACCAGCAGCAGCAACAGUUCACCCGCAUCCCAACUGCCCGACGUAAUUGUGGGCUCGGAGCCCUGGCACAUGAGUUUUCCCAAUGACUGGUUGCCUGUGAUAACGCGCGACCUGCAGACACAGACUGAGCAGAAUAACCGACCCCAGCCGCCCUUUUCGGAUGCCUACAUCUCGGGCAUGUCCGCCAAACGGCGCAAAAUUAUUCAGUCAGAAAAACCGACGGCCAGCGUGGAGUGCCUCAUCGCCAAUGGAGUACAGCGGGCCAUCCAAAGCGCCGGCUUGGGAGGAACCAGUAGUGCCGCCAGUUCUUCGAUCAGUACGGAUGCCGUAAUCGGAUCCAUUGCCCACGAUGCCGCCAUCCAGGCCUCCUACACAGAUGCAGUGCGGAACAGCUUAAAGGAGCGUAUUAAGCAGGAUACGGAUUUUAAGUCCAGCAAGUAUCCGCAGAUCGCCAAGUUCGCCGAGCAAAAGUAGACGGCGGUUGCAGAGAUGGAACCCUGGCCACCUAGUGCUUGUUGUACAUUUUACUUUAAAGCAUUGUAUUUAAUUUAGUUAAUGGCUAAGUUCUGUUUAAAUCGAGACGACGAUGAAGAUUGCGACAACACCAACACACGGAGAGGACCUUUAGCAAAUGCUUCAAACUAUAUAGAAUAAUAAUAUCCAACUGAUAUGUAUCCACACACUUUGGGACACGACAUGAAGUCCAAGCAAAAAACGCUUUUGGGGCUGCGAUAAAGGAGCAAAAUAAACACACUUAUUAACCGAAACAAUGGCGAUUGGAAUUUGGAUGUGGGACCACUCAUCGAUCGGAAUGCUUUUAAUUGUCCCAAAUGGCUGUGGCGUCCCCACGUCGCAUGACGUGGUGAAAAAGCAGAACAGAGUCGUGACGACAGCCGUAUUCCAAAUUCCAGCCAAAUAUUUUGAACGGCGCCAAAUCGGCAUUGACGUGAGCCAAAGGCACAUGAUUGCUGAAUGGCCGAUGACGACCGACCUGGAAUUUGCAGAACAAGUCAAGUGGAUAACCCUCCAGCAGAAGCAUUACAGGAGGCAUAUCCACAUCAUACCAUUUGACCAGCCCCACAACCAGCAUCCCACACCAUCCAAUUCCAUCGUCAUCGAAUUCCGAAGCCUACGCUACUCAUGUUAUUGUUGUCGCCUGCAAUCGAAACACGAAAACGUGUCACAUAAAAAUGUUAAGAAUAUUUAUGUGCAAAAAUAAAUAACAAAUACCGAGAAUCAGCAAAGAGAAGAAAACAUAUGAAUAAAUAAUAAUUAUUAAUA